CGGUUGUCCUCGUACUCCUCGCCUGGUGUCCCCGACGGCGUGUACGAUGCGCAAGACUUCAUGCUGGGAGCGGGCAUGGUCAUUUUCCAGCCAGCCACUGCGAAGGUCGUCGUCGUCUAUGACAGUGCGAUGAAGUACUGGUUCCUACCGAAAGGACGCAAAGACGUAAACGAGACCCUAGAGGAGGCCGUGUUGCGCGAGGCAUAUGAGGAGUCCGGCUAUCGUGCGCAGUUCCUUCCUUUAUACAUCCCUACGAACGCCCCCACCCCCGCCGAACAACGCCAGCACUACCCAGUGCCGAACACCGAGCCCUUCUUCAUGUCGAUCCACCGCUGGUACGGUCGUAGGAGCCCACAAGAGCCCGGCUCCCUCGGCGGCGAGUACUUCGUAUCCUGGUAUAUCGGGCAAAUACCCGAGGACGCGAUCUGGGAGGCGAACACGGGCAUGGCCGACGAGAAGGGCUACCGCGCGUACCUGCUCACGCGGGAAGAGGCACGACAGAAGCUCCGGGGCACCCUUGCGGAAAGGCUCGUAGAGAGAGCAUAUCAGCUGCUAGAGGGGUCGAUAAGGAUUCAAGAGAAGUUCAGG